GCCUUUGUUCGUUUUGACCACCUCAUUUGACUUGCAAGGUUGUGGGCUCUUUCUGCGCUACGAACAAGGGCGACCAUGGCUACCAUCCUAUCAUAUCGCUGGUCCUGUGACGAAGACUACUUUGAACAUCCCACAGCAUUCCAUACCGUCCCAGCAACAAGCAAACCAACAACAGCAAAUACAAACAGCUUCACUCCCUUCACAACACAUCAGGACGAACAUCUCGGUCUCGCAGCACUCGCCCACCAUUCCCCACCCAGAGCGUCUAUCGUAGGCAGAAUCGCCUCACCACCUCGCACAAGUAUAUCAACAAGGUCAAGCAGUGUUACUGGCGACAGUGACGUGGACGGUGACGAGAGUACAACGUUAACAGGCGGGUCAUGUCCUUCGCCGGCCUUGGAAGAGGAACCUGAGAUCAACUCUGGAUCGAUUGUGGAUAGGUGGCUGGCGAAUGUUACCUGGGUUCACUUUCAGGUGGACGAGGAUGCAUAUGGAAGGGAUCAAUGUCGGUGUAACUCAAAAAUGGCACAUGCGGGAAGGUUUGUGCUAGCUGACGAGGAUUACUUUGAUCGAGAGGACGUUAUGGAGGUUGGCGGGUACGUUGUGCCGGGUGGAGUACGAGAUUACGUGGAACAUGGCGUACAAAGAGUGAGACUAGGACAUAGGUUUGGGAAAGAGGAUUUUGUAGAGGCUGGGAUCGUCUAAUUGUAGUAAAACGUUAAUUAAAUUGUUUGAUGUUGACCCUCCUGACUCUGGCAUUGGACAAUCGUACUGCGUAUAUCAAAAAUUUCCGUUAAAAAAGAA